AUUAGUAAUUUUUGUUUUGGUAAUUAGUUUACGUUUGAGUUGAAAAUGAAAAUUAGAAAGAAAAGUAUGAGCUACACAAAGGUAAGUAGUUCAUUAGCUAAUGGUGAUGAUCGAUAGCUAAUGGUAAGCAGUUGUUCUGUUUGAAUUUCUUAAUGGAGUUGUAUAGUAUACAUUAUAUAGAGUUCUACAUUAUACAUUGAAGUAAAUCAUUGUGGUUGGAGUACAGGCAAGAGUACCUUUAUUUCAUUGUUUUAUGUGAUGUGUGAUGCGUUGCAGGUCAUUAUUAGAGAAAGAUCCGGACAGGUAUUAUAACAAUUCGAUGUAUGCACCAUUCCAAGAAGAAGGGGUCGUCGAGGAGAAUGCAGCGAGCGAUGGAGAUGAUUUCGAGGGGGUUGGGGGACAUUCAGCUGAGUCAGGUGCAGAAGGCAUCGAUGAUGAUGUAUACGGUGAUUGCUUUUAUGACAACUGGGAAGAAAGGGGAAUUGAUCGGCUGACUGAUCUGGGUUGUAUGAAUUGGAAGGAAAUUAGGGCUGAUCAGAUUAAAAUGUUACAUUUUGCAGACCGGGAAGUUGCUUUUGCUUUCUAUAACCUAUAUGCGAAGAUGAACGGGUUUGCCGCAAGAAGGUACCGGUCGCGGCGGAACAUGAACAACGAGGUUACACAACAGUCUUUUGUUUGCUUUAGGUAGGGAUUUAGAAAGCACAAUGAUUGUGAAGAACGUAAAAGGGAACUAAAGCCAGAGACCAGAUGUGGUUGUGAGGCUGAGAUGCGUGUACAUGUACACAGGGAAAGUGGAAGAUGGAAAUAAUCUAUUUUCAGGAAGUUCAUAAUCACAAGAUGCUUGAGGACACACUAACUUUCAUGCUUCCCGGACACAGGAUGAUGAACGCGGUAGCUAUUAAUCAGAUGAAUAUGAUGCUUAAGGUUGGCAUUAGGACUCCACAAAUUUAUGCAUCGUUUGUGCAGACCGCAGGAGGCCACGAAAAUGUUCCGUUUUUGAAAAGAGAUAUGUAUAACCAAAUAGACAAACAAAGGAAGCUCAUUAGUGGGGAUGCAAAAUCGUGUCUUAAGUUGUUAGAAUCAAUGGCAGAGCGGAACCCAGGAAUGUUUGUAAGAUACUUGGCAGAUAAAGAUGGGCGAUUGGUUCACCUGUUUUGGUCAGACAAUUGCAGUCAGCUAGAUUUCCAUCUUUUUGGGGAUGUGUUAGCAUUUGAUGCAACAUAUCGUAAGAAUAAGUACAUGUGCCCGCUUGUGGUUUUUUCUGGUGUAAACCAUCAUAACCAAACAAUUGUAUUUGCUGCAGCACUAGUUGCAAACGAGACGGAAGAAACAUACACUUGGUUACUUCAGCAGUUUCUUGAAGCAAUGAAAAGGAAGGCACCUGGAUGUGUUAUAACUGAUGGUCACGGUGCAAUGAAGAAGGCCAUUGAAGCUGUAUUUCCAGGUGCUUAUCAUCGACUCUGUGCUUGGCAUUUAAUUAGGAAUGCUACUUCAAAUAUUAGCAAUCCAGUGUUUACAUCUGAAUUCAAAAAAUGCAUGUUAUUUGACUGAGGUAUUUGAGUUUGAGGAAAGAUGGUAGAAGGUUGUAUCGGAACUUGGUCUCGAGACUAAUCAGUGGGUGUGUGAUCUUUAUGCCAAGAGAGCAAUGUGGGGCACUGCAUAUAUCCGCAGACAUUUUUUCGGUGGUUUCUGAACGACCUCGAGGUGUGAAGGUUUGCAUUCUAUACUCAGCAAGUUUGUACACUCUAGACAUAACUUGAAGGACUUCGUUGAGCAGUUUUUUCGGUGCAUAACUCAGAUGAGGUCUUGGGAAGCACACAUUGAUUUGCAAUCUAUUGUUGGGGAUUUGGUAAUGCAGACACCAUUGCAUUCUCUUGAGAGAUCGGCUGCAAAUUCACUUACACGGGAAAUUUUUCUAUUGUUCAGGCCAAUGCUUUCACGAGCUUGCACCCUGAAGGUUUGCUCCUGCACAUACACACCUAUGUGUGAGAUUUAUACACUUUCACGAUCCAGAGAUGCACAGCGAGAGUGGCAAGUCUCACAUUAUCCUAAUGGAACUUUCUUUAAGUGUUCAUGCAUGAGGAUGGAGUCAUUGGGUAUUCCAUGUGAUCACAUUGUGGUGGUCCUUGUUCAUAUGGAUGCCACAGAGAUACCCUCAACUCUGGUUUUGGGCAGGUGGUCAAAGGAUGCCAGGUCCAAAGUUAGGGCAUUCAUGGAAAAAGGACCAUUUUGUUGGGAUUCAAUGGUCAAUUGUGGUAGUUGGAUGUUGAAUGACUUGUGCAGGGAGCUGUGUGUGGUAGCGUCCAACGAUGCUGAUCAGUUUGUGGAAGUCACCCAGAAAAUUAGGAGUGAGAUCUCCCGCGUUAAGGGUUCAGUCAAAGAGAUUGGCGAAAGAGCGAAUAUGGUCGGAUCCUACACUCUGGAGGAAUGUGUUAGGGAUCCGAAUAUUGUCCGACAACGUACUAGGUGCAGAAAAGGUUCACUAAACCAUCCAUCAGUCAAGGGUGUCAAGAGGUGUGGCAUUUGUAGGAAAGUUGGACAUAAUAGACUUUCAUGCCAUCAAAGGCAAACUAGGCGUGAGUCUGAGUCUUUGGCAGCGAGAUGUAGCCUAAGCGGUGAGAUGUACGACGAUGAUGACGUAUACUAUGAAGACAUAUCCCAGCAUGAAGAUGGAGAUUAUUAUAUCCCAGCACACAUGACUGAUGGUAAUGUUGAUGCUGAUGAGGAUGAAUUGGCAGAGCAAUGUGCAACGGAUGAACAUGAGUAUGAUAUUUCAUUAUCGGAACCUUAGAUAAUUGCAAUGUUGGGUAGUUGAAUUUGUAUUGUUGAGUACUUUUUGGUAACUUUUUACCUCCAGGUAAAGACAUUAGCUUCCUUUAUUUUUUGUUAGUAGAAAAUGUCAGAUGUUCUUGUAGUUAUUGUAAUUUAUUCUUUCAUUUGAUCCAGAAAAUUUCCUAUAGUUAUUGUAAUUUUUCUCCCAGAUUUCCAACAAAUUAAUGGUAUGAUAGUUGAGGGAUAAUGUCUUUGCUAACCUAUGUUUAAUUAUUGGAAUUCUAAUUCAAUGAUUCUGAAUAAAAGUUGUUUACAUAUUAUGAUAGAAUAUAGAAAUGUAGAGAUACAAACAUAGAGAAAUAAGGGUAUAUUAUUGUUGAGUAAUUAUGGAUAACUUGUUAAGCCGAAGUAAAGACAUUAGCUUCCUUUAUUAUUUUGAUUCCAACCAUUCUUAAGUUGUGAUGUCCGAGCAAAUCAUUCAUAGAACACAAUUAAAAAUGUUUUGGUUCAACUCAGUUUGAUUUGUCUUGUCCGACUCAAUGCCAUUUACUAGUAAGAUCUAGAUACAUAAAAGACUACAUAUAAGUUCAUAAGUUCAAAAGAUACAUGACAAUUAAAAGGAAGAUGUUUAAAUAGUAGGCACAUGCUGGAUUGAAACAUAAAGUCCACUAUGAUCACCGGCCAGUUCACAACAAAAGGUGUACAGCGAAGACCAUUCUCUCUUUAUCUCAAACUUUCGCACCAAUACUUGGCAUCCAAGAUGUCACUUCAUUGAAGGGCGCCAUGACCAAACCCAAUGCGGUGUGCAUCCUGACGAGAUUUUCAUCGAGCUGCAACAAUUUUCCACAAGUCAAGCUAGUGGCAUUUGUCAUAGAUAGAACAUUCAAGAACAUAUUUGAUUACUUACCUGGGGCAUAAGGUUUCGCUGAAAGGCGUUGGCCAUUGCCAUCCAAUUCAAAACCGAAAUCGCUGAAGUCUCCCUACGCGGUGGAAUUGGCAUAUUAACAUUACACACUAAAUUUAUAUGCAUAUUAACUUUAAUCAAAAGUGGUGUUGGUUGACUCAGUACUCAGUAGCAUACACCAG